AUGCGGCCUACACGACUCCUCUUAUCGCUGUCGUCGUGCUUGAUCUUCAUCAUCGUCCUGUCAUUCGUCGCCGCAUCCAAGACGAGAAGUGUAUCUGCUGCACGCGACCGCAACAACCGUCUUGGAGCUUACUUCAGCUGGAACUCUCCAUCGUCGUUGUUUCCACCCUCAGCUAUCAUCAGCUUGACCGAUGACAAUUCGACAUUCUUCCUCGCUCGUCCCGCUGCUUUCGGCCCACCAUUACCUGGAAGAGGCCUCAGUGGCCAAAUCUGGAUAGGCGCCGGCUUUGGCGACAACGAUUCUGGUCAUGGAGGCAUCACUGGCUCCGAGGGAGAGCUUGGCUGUAGUGAUGUACCAGGAUGGGGAGACGGUGAAUAUCCCCCUGUCACCUUCGACACAACCCCUGAAGAUGUAAAGAGCAAGAACUCGGGCGUACCAGAUGGCAAAGGCAGCAAGCACAAGAGAGGGUCGAAUUCGGAUACACAAACGGAAGAUGGCGCUACAGUCGUCCAAGUCGACGGAACAGACGACCAUCUACACCAACCCCUAUCUUCAUCGCCUGACGCAUCCUCGACACAGAUGAAGCAACCUACUAACAAGGCCAAGAAACCUGGCCAUGCCGACAUCCAGUCUUUACAAGAGACGGCUGAAAUCGCAGGCAAGGUUGUGCUGCUGAGUCGAGGUGGGUGUGGCUUCCUGGAGAAGGCCAAAUGGGUACAAAGAAGAGGAGGUGUUGCCUUGAUCGUGGGCGAUGACAUGCGCGGUGGUCCACUGGUGACAAUGUAUGCCCGGGGUGAUACAUCGAAUGUCACCAUCCCUUCCAUCUUUACCUCGCACACAACCGCCCACCUCCUGUCUAAGCUGGUUCCUUCAGGAGGUUUCCGCAAUGGCAUAUCCGCUCAGGACGCUGCGCGUCUGGGCCUUGGCUUACCAGUCGGUGGAAAUCCUACUGAAAAGGAUAAGAAGCAACCCGACUUGACUAACACUAGACCAACUCAUUCGCCUGUUGUCAACCACAACAAGCAAGACGGAGAAGAGGAGUCAGGAAGUUGGCUCGGUUUACUGUUCUCGUCUUCUGACGAGGAUCGUCAUGACAGCAGAAGACCUCCGAGCAGUGGCAAGAUUGACUGGGUCCUGCAGAAAGACUUUGAGGAUGAGGUGCCAACGAAGUACAAUACGAAGUCUACCAGUACCACCAAAUCCAUCAAACAAACGAAGGCUUCUAGCAGUGACGAGUUCGUCAUUGGUGUUCACGAUUGGCGGGACCCUGACCUGCUCGAUUCCCAAAUCAACGCUGCCCAGGCAGCAUCAAGCAAGUUGCCAAAGUCGGCUGAACACAACUCUGCUGCCUCUCAUGCAGGUCCAAAGGGUGGCAGCAUUACUCCUGGAAGUGGAGAGUAUCACCAAGCUGAUGAGAAGCCGGAUAAUCUCAAGUCUACUAAAAAGCCCGAGAAGGGCCCAUCUGAGUCUAGCAAGAAGAUGAAUUCUGACAAAUCAAAGUCAUGGAUCGGUCGCAUCGUCGGGUCUGAUGAUAAGGAAGCUCCGGCUCCCAAGAGCGUCAAAUCACCUCAUGUUGUGUCACAGGUUGGCCAUAGCAAACCUGCGGUCAAAGCUACCAGUAGUUAUGACGACACGGAUGAGCCCCAUGAUGGUCUCUGGGUCACCUUAACACCCGCUUCCAUGUCUUCGUCGCCAUUCUUCGACACCUUGUUAGUCCUGGUCGUAUCGCCUCUGGUCACGUUAACCAUUGUUUACGCUCUACUACUGCUGCGCUCCCGCAUUCGUCGUAGAAGGUGGAGAGCACCAAAGUCUAUCGUUGACAGAUUCCCUGUUCGGACCUAUCACACUAUACCUAGCAGCGCCGCUUCGAACGCUUCGGAUAGUGCCACGACUUCACCCGCUGCACCAACUCAGACUACACCCCUUCUUCAUUCUGGCGCCCGAGCGAUCUCUCAGACCAGACCAAGACCAAGAUCGCGUACGACCAGCGAAGUGCCUGUAUCCGGAUCCAGUCCGGCAAGUUCGCCAAGCCUGGAUCAAGUGCAGGAAAAGCGUGAAGCUGGAUUGGCCGAGUGGCGUAGAAGAUACGGUGGCAGACAGCGCGACUGUGCCAUUUGUAUCGACGAGUUUGAAGACGGUGUCAGUCGUGUCAUGAGCUUGCCUUGUGGCCACGAGUUCCACGUUGAUUGCAUAACUCCAUGGCUCACAACCCGUCGUCGCACUUGUCCCAAUUGCAAGGCCGACGUCGUACGCUCAUUCGGCCGCGGUGGCGCAUCUUCUUACUCUUCAACAUCUGCCCAACCCCUUCUCGCACAUGCCCACGACGACUCGCUGGACAUCGAUGACGUACAGGAACAGGCAGCCAACACUCGUAACUACGAUCCCGUUGCAAACGAACCAAUCACGGAUCUAGAGCAAGGUAGCCUCACUCCUGACCGCACUAGAUGA